AUGGCUUCAGAUCAUCAGAUAUCGGAAGAUACUUUCUUAUUUCAAGAGGAAAUUGCAGAAUUAAUCAAAUUAUUGAAACAAAUUCCUCCUUCCAAUAACUUGCAAACUAUUCUCAAAUCACUAAUUUCCAACUCUUCUGAUGCUUUGGAUAGAAUUAAAUAUGCAAGUCUAUCGGAUUCUUCUGUCUUGUUGAGUGAACCUCAACUAUUCAUUAAAAUAAUUCCUGAUUUGGAGAGUAAAUCAUUGAGUAUUAUUGAUUCAGGAUUUGGAAUGUCAAGGAAUGAUCUUGUGUUGAAUUUAGGAGGUUCUUUGAGUAAGAGAGUGAAAUUAUAUGUUGAAUUAUUGAAACAAGGUGAUAAAAGUAGUGUAAUGGAACGGUUUGGAAAUUGUUUUGGAUUUAAUUUAGCAUUUAUGAUUGCUGAAAAAGUGGUGGUUUCAUCUAAAAUGCAUGGAAAUGAGCAAUUUAUUUGGAAAUCGAGUGGAGAUGGAGUUUUCAAAGUAGCAAGUGACACAAGUUCUGAACAAUUGACAAGAGGAACAAGAGUAACACUAUAUUUGAAUGAGGAUUCACUUGUAUUGUUGGAUAAUUCAUUUCUCAAGAUGUAUCUGACUGUUCUUUCCAAACCAAUUAGAUAUCCAGUGUUACUACAGACUCUGGAUGAAAAUAAUGAACAGAAAUGUGAGUUUUUGAACAAAGAUCAGCCCUUGUGGACAAGAGAUCCUGAAAAAAUUUCAAAAAGUGAAUAUUUACAGUUCUAUAAGGAAAUGUCAAAUGAUUGGGAAGAUUACUUGACCAUGUCUCAUUACAGAGUUGAAGGAAUUCUUGAAUUCAAAUUACUAUUGUUUAUUCCAAAGGUGGCCCAUUUUAAUUAUGAGCUUGUCAGUCAUCUGUACAUAAGAAGCACGUUUAUAAUGGAUAAUUGCAAAUAUAUUGUACCAGACUAUUUGGAUUUCAUGAGAGUAUUGGUAGAUUCGGAAGAUUUACCUCUUAAUUUAUAUCAAUUUUCUGAAAACAAAAUUUUAAAAGUAAUAAGGAAACGUGUGACAAGGGCAACAUUGCAAAUGUUUGAAAGACUUGCUGAAAAUAAGGAUGAUUAUAAGAACUUCUACCAAAAUUUUGGAAGGAAAAUCAAGAUGGGAGUGAUUUUAGAUGAUUCAAAUAGAUUACUUCUGACAGACCUUUUGAGAUUUCACUCGAAUUGCAAAAGGACGGAGUGGUCGAGUUUGAGGGAUUAUUGUUCAAGAAUGAUGGAGGGACAAACAUUCAUUUACUUUUUGCUAAGCAUUGAAACCAAUAUUAAUGAAGUACUUAUUGAACAGUAUUCCAAGAAAGGGUUAGAAGUAUUGCUAUUAUCAGAUCCAAUAGAUAAGAUUGUUAUUGAAACAAUUAAAGAUUUUAAUGGAACGAGGUUUUUAGAAAUUUCUAUGAAUGAGGAGUAA